AUGGCCGAGUCAUUUGCUGUUGAUAUUCACAACAUGGAAGAAGAUGAUUGGAGGAUUUCAAUUGAACUCUAUAAGAAAAGUGUGGAAGAUGGUCUCUUGCUCAAAUGCCUUAGUAAAAAUGAAGCUAUCUCUGUUAUGGCCAAGAGUCAUGGAGGAACUUGUGGAGCACAUCAGGCUGGAAUAAAGAUGAGAUGGUUGCUAAGAAGAUAUGGAUAUCAUUGGCUAGGUAUGCUAAGAGAUUGUAUGGAUUAUGCAAAGGGUUGCAUAGCAUGCCAGAAGCAUGGGCCGAUCCAAUGGGUUCCAGCUAAAGAAAUGCAAUUUUUUGUUAAGCCAUGGCCAUUUAGAGGGUGGGCUAUGGACCUAAUUGGAAUGAUUAAUCCGCCAUCUUUUGAAGGUCAUCAUUGGAUUAUUGUGGCCACUGAUUAUUUUACUAAGUGGGUAGAGUUAGUGGCCUAUAAAUCUGUUGAUCAAGCAACGGUUAUUGAUUUUAUAAAGAAACAUAUUUUCCAUCGUUUUGGAAUUCUAGAAUCAAUCACUACUGAUAAUGCAACAGUCUUUCGAGGAAAUGAGGUAUUAGCAUUUGGGGAAGGAGUACAAAUGCUAACUUCCACCCCUUAUUAUGCGCAAGGUAAUGGCCAAGCAGAAUCUUCCAAUAAGAUCCUUAUAGGGAUUAUUGAGAAGAUGAUUGAUGAGAAGCCUAGAAUAUGGCAUGAAACACUUUCUGAGGCCUUAUGGGCCGAUAGAAAUUCUAAAAGAGCAAGCACCGAGAUAACUCCUUACAAAUUAACAUAUGGGCAUGAUGCUGUUCUGCCAAUGGAGAUGGAUGUAAGAUCGGCCAGACUUGCUUUUCAGAAUGACUUGAUACCGGCCGAUUAUGAUGAAGCUAUGUUAGCAGAAUUGGAAGAUCUGGAUGAGGUACGUUUACAUGCUUUAGACCAUAUAAUUGCUCAUAAGAAAAAGGUUAUGAAGGCUUAUAAUAAAAGGGUAAGGCCUAAAACCUUUGCGAAAGAUGACUUGGUAUGGAAGGUUAAACUUCCAAUAGAGAAGAAUGAUCCAAAGUAUGGAAAAUGA